AUGAAAAAGUUGGUAGUGGAGGACUGCACUGGACCAGAAUGCAGUAAAGCGACUAUUUUAGCUGCUUUUUGGGGCUUUACGAGGGAGGAGAGAUCCAGAGCGCGUAUUUCUGGACGUGUUUGUCACAGAGUCAGAGAUCUACGUUUCUGUCGGCGUGCUGAGGAUCCUGUGUCGAAGCCCGCGAUGUGGAUGUGCUUGGUUUACAAUGAGACAGACUCCAGUGUGGACCAGCAGCUGUGCCAGGACCUCGGCCUCAUCCUCUCCAUCCUCUCCCUCGUCUACCUCCUGGUGUGCUUUCCUCUGGGUCUGUGCUACAACGUGCUGCUGGUGGUGGUCAACCUGUCCAACAAGGUAUCCAUGACGAUGCCGGACGUCUACUUUGUCAACAUGGCCAUCGCAGGAUUGGUGCUUAAUGUGGUGGCCCCGGUGGAGCUGCUGAGCUCCAGCUUCAGCCGCUGGUUUGUUUGGGACUAUAAUAACGAGGUGUACAUCACUCUGCUGAUUCUUUUCAACAUUUCAUCACUGGUCAUCAUGUAUUCCACCACACUACUUAGUCUGGACUACUAUAUUGAGCGGGCACUGCCUCGGACGUACAUGUCAAGUGUCUACAACACUAAACAUGUGUGCGGCUUCAUCUGGGGAGGAGCGGUGCUAACCAGCUUCUCUUCUCUGCUCUUCUACGUCUGCAAUCAUGUCUCCACCAAGAUGAUCGAGUGCUCCAAAAUGCAGAACAAGGAGGCAGCAGAUGCGAUCAUGAUGUUUAUUGGUUAUGUAGUCCCAGCAGUGGCAGUGCUGUAUGCAUUUGUGCUCAUUUUACGGAUUCGUAAGGAGUCUACUCCUCUCGACCAGGACUCAGCCCGUCUGGACCCUUCCAUCCACAGACUGCUGCUGGCCUCUGUGUGUGUCCAGUUUGUGCUAUGGACCCCUUACUACAUGACUCUGUUAGUGCACACUGUGGCCGGGAGUCCAGGCUCCUUUAGUAACAGACACCACUAUCCCACGUAUCAUUUCCUCAGAUGUGUGGCCAAACUCUUAGCUUUCUCCAGCAGUUUUGCCAUGCCCCUCAUGUACCGACAAAUGAAUAAGAACUUCUCUAACAAACUUCAGCGGCUGCUGCGAAGGCUGCAUUGCUCAGACCACUCAUGUCCUCAUGAACGCUCUGCGGUUCAGCAGGUGGUGACGUGA